GUUAAUUAGUUUUCGAAACAGUCCGCUCCUCGCACCAUACCCCAAUCCGCAUACGAGUAGCAUCAUGUCCAGCUCCGCCCUCUACCUAUUGGUUGCCACCUGCUGCAUCGCCACCAUUGUCUCCGCCAACCGUCCCGGGUACGGUUCCGGUCCCAGCUACGGUGCCAGCUACGGGGAUGUGGUUAAGGCCGCCGAGACCGCCGAGGCUCAGGCCUCUGCUCUGACCAAUGCCGCCGGAGCAGCUGCCUCCGCCGCCAAGUUGGACGGUGCAGACUGGUAUGCCCUCAACCGUUAUGGCUGGGAGCAGGGCAGGCCUCUUCUGGCCAAGCGUUAUGGACCUCUGGACAAGCUCUACGCCGCUGCUCUGCCACCUCGCUCCUUCGUGGCUGAGAUCGAUCCAACUUUCAAGAAGAACCACGGUGGAUAUGGAUAUGGCGAGCGUGUGAGGCUCAACACCGAGUCCAAGCUGGCGGUCGUUGCCGUCUAAGAGCACCUGUUUGAAUUGCUCAAAAAGUCUUAAUAAAUAGUGAUAGCUUAAAGCGAAAAAAAUGAAAAAAUAAUGGUUUUUUAUUCUUUAAAAUGGAUGGGGUUUCCCUUUUUUAACUAACUAUAACUUUUUGCCAAAGUAACUCCGCAGCACAGCACCCAAUCUUUCUAUCCCCCAUUAGUAAAUUGGAUUUUCUCUUAACAUUUAUUAGUUGGUAUUAUUAUGAUUAAAAAUUAAAUUUUAUUGCAAGAUACAAAGUAAAAAAUGUGAAAUUCGCUCAGUUUCAUGUUGA